CUUAACUGGCAAUUGUCCUCCCAGACUUCAUUCCUUUUCACUAGCCCCGCCGGUCCAUUAACCAGCUGUUACUACCAAACCACUUCCCAUCAAAACCACUCAAAGCUUGAGCAAAAAGUGCCACCAACCCCGGAACAAAACAUAAGAAAGGCCGAGAAACCCCACUCGGGGGACGGACCCUGUACCCCAGGCUAAAGAUACAAAUGGCUUCUUCCAGCUCGGUUACAAUUCAGAUAGAGCCUAGCAUGGAAAGUGAUUCGGGGGAUUCUUCGGUUGCCGAGAUUCAAGAAACUGAAGUAAGUGUCAUCCAUUAUCCGGAAGAUCCGCCAGUAGGUUUUAUUUAAUUUACAGUUUAUUUAUCAUUUCCCCUAAGCAAGCAGGGCAAUGCUAGGGACACUCCCCAAUUGCACUCUCCAACCAACACUUUCAUUUUUAUUGGCCACGUUAUUUUGGGUUUUGAGAGGUGAUCCUAUUAUAGCCUAGAGCAAGCUUACGUGGCCCAAUAAAAAGGCAUGUGUUGGCUGGAGAGUGCAGGAGGCGAGUGCACCAAGCCCUGCUUAAGCAAUAGUUAUUGGAUAAUAAUUAUUUAGUAUUUUCCUUUUAGUUGAACCCCAAGUACACACCACAAAAAAUAAGCAGAGACAGAUACUUCUUUAAAAAACAGAUAAAUUAUUUUUGAAAUUAUCAAUUAAAAUAAAUAAUUUAUUAUUAAUAUGUAAUGAUUAAUUUGUUACUUAAGACUGUUUUUAAUAAAAAGUUACCAUAUAAUGAUAUUAAAUGUUAAAUAAUAAUUCCUUACUCUCUGUUUUUUUUGGGACGAGUUCUGUCUCUCCUCUUAUUGGUUGUGGAUUUAAAGAAUUGGUCAUUAUUUUUCGUUU